GAGAAAAUGGAGAUUAGGAAGGAUAAGGGUAUAUUGGAGAAGAUGGGAGAAGCUGAUGAUGGAGGAGAAGCCGGAGGAGCAGGAGAGCCCAGGGUCCCUGAACCUUGAUGGCCCAGUCGUGGACCCACUGGAGGCCAUCCAGUGGGAGCUGGAGGCCGUGAGUGCCCAGGCCGACAGGGCCUACCUCUGGCUUGAGCACAGGUUUGGGCAUAUGCACCGGUUGCACCCGGCCCUUAGGAGCAUCAUUGCCCAGAAUAUUCUGGGCUUCUGGGUCACUGCCUUCCUGAACCACUCGCAGCUAUCAGCCAUGAUCAGCCCCCAGUAUGAAGACAUGGUCUGCUACCUGAUUAAUUUGGAGGUAAAGGAUGUAAGGCAUGCCAGGACCAGCUGCAAGUUUAAGUUCCACUUUUGGAACAACCCCUACUUCUGGAACAAGGUAAUUGUGAAAGAGUAUGAAUGCAGAACCUCAUGCCGGUUGGUGUCUGUUGCCACUUGCAUCCAAUGGCACUGGGGCCAGGAACUCCUGGCCCUGGUCAGAAGAAAUCAGGACACCGUCCCCAGCUUCUCCAGCUGGUUCUUACAGCAGAGCCUCCUCCCAGAGGUCUACAGGGUUGCCCAGAUACUUAAAAAGGACUUGUGGCCCAACCCCUUGCAGUACUACCUGCUGGGGGAUAGGCCCUGCAGAUGCAGGCAAGGCCUGGCAAGGUGGCCCUUAGAGGCCCUUCCUAGGCCUUACAGGUUCCAAUCUGGCUAAGUCCUGCUCUGGUUCGUGGUCCCUACAUAGGACUCCCUUCUGCCCCCUCUGGACCUACAUUUAGGCCAACAACAGACGCUCUGCCAACUGCUUUAUCUUCUGCACACCACAGCUCCUCUUGAUGUUCAGUCGACUCAGCUCCAAGAUUGUGGCCUUCAGGCCUAAUCUCUUCUGUUCAGUUGCUCUGUCACCACAUGUGGGCAUGUGCUGCUGUCUUCUUCAGGGCCUGAACCUAUCUGGGCUAUGGCCUUCCCAUUCACUGUUGACAUGAGCACCUCCAAGUCAUUGCUUGGAGGAACAGUGCAUCUUUGAGGCCUACUUUUCAAGGCACAACAUGCUGGGCUUCACGUUAGCCCCACACACUGUGGCAAGCUGAGUCUCUCAUCACCCAAGAUGAAGCAGGUGUUUGGUGCUGACUGUCAACCAGACUUCGACAUUCAUGGCCUCAGAAACACAGACCAGACUACCACCAACUGGACUGCUGGGCCUCUGGCAGACUGGGCAUGCAGGCAGUCAAUGGCUGCUGGGUGUGGAUGAAGUCAAGGGCGUGAAACAGUGGGCAACACUCCUUGCAAUCAUGUUGCUCUUCCUACUUCAGUUGUGACUGCUCUUGGCUUGUGAAGAUCGGUCCAUGCUCCACCAAUGCCUGGCCUUUGCUUUUCCAAUGAGUUUUGCCCAGGCUACCACCAACUCUGUUGCCUUCUCUGGUCUACAAGGACCUUGAGGACUGCCUGUGGACCCAGCCUCUGUCAAUGCACAGGAGAAACCCAGUCUGCCAGGAACUCUCCUGGCCUGGAAUAUCUGGGUGUGUGCUCAAGGCAGACGCAAUGAUGCAGUCACUUCCAGGAGCCCCCCUUCCUGAGCCCCAGUCCCUGGACCCACACAGAAUCCAGACUCUUCACCAGCUCCCUCCGACUCCAGUGUCUUCAGGUUGCCAGGCUGGCAUUACCGGGGAGGAGGCGUUUCUUGUCAUGGGGCCUGUCUACACCUCCCACAUCUCACACCUCUUUUAUUGUUAUGUUACAGCUCAGAAACAGAAAAUCAACAACUGAAGAAGCUAAGGAGAUAGUCUUUAUUGUUGACUUUGCCCGUCUUUGUCUCCAAAGAGAGAGGUUGUCCUGUAAAAUAGACCCACAGUGUUCUCUUUGACCCCUCUGCUCCCAUGCCCCCCCCCCCUUUUUUUUAGCAAGGCCUAGAAAUUUCCAGAUGGGAACAUGCAGGGCUGGUGAACAGAAACCAGGAGGUCUGGGUCUCUAGGGAGGGACACCUAGUUGUUUUGUUCUCUGCUGUAUUCUUUUAGACUAACAUAUGUCUCAGCUCCACCUUCUUUUCUCUCCACAAGGUUCAAACUCCCCAUGAGUUCCUGGAAAUAGAGGAGCUGAGCUACCCCGCUGACUCCUCCAGGAAUGUGAGGCUGGCUGUCUCACUCCAUCUCAUUUCUUGGAGGGCUGGUGAUGACAUCCAGGCCCUUUCUCAUGGAAGGGUGUGCAACAAAAGCCCGAGCAAGCUGGAAAAGCAGGGAUGGCUGAGAGACUGCAGAUUGAGGGAGAAGAGCCCCUGAUUUACCAUUUUAGACUUACCAACACAUUUUGUGAAUUACAAAAACCAAUAACAGAAUACUGCAACUUUAGACCUUCUCCCCUGCCUUUUUCUCUCUCUCCUCCCACCUCCAGUCCAUGUAAGACCUUGAUCUUUUAUAUGUAGAAAAUUAAUGCUAUGUGCUUUUUAUUUUGCUGCUUUUAAGAAAGAUCCUGUGCAUCCCCUUCUCCAUGCCUAGUCACUGGGGAAAAUGAGCUGUACAGGCCUGCUUGUUGCUUUUAGUUGAGAACAUUUACAAGAAAAUCAACAUUUUUUGUGUUUUUUUCUAUAUCACUGAACAAUUAUGUGAUUGUUCACAGUUGUUAUCAAGUUGUUAUGGCCUGCUAAUAUAACUCUGUACUGAAAGCCAAGUUUGAAUAAGGUGGUUUUGUAGGACUUAAGGCUGGAAAUUCUUACCAUGUUCUAUAAGAAUAACCUCCAAGAAGAAAUCUGUAAUUCUGGAUGGUCUCAGUGAGUCUGUAUCUUGGUGGCCACGUUGCAGCUGACAUCUCUAUAAUUGACAUCUCUGUUCCUACAGAAAUAUUUGUGAGGUGGCUUUGUCCAACCAGAAGAGGAUUUGUGGCACUUUUGUCUUCUAUAUGCAUGAGGAAAAAAUAAAAACCUUUGAAUCUGGGACAUAAAUAACUUAGAACAUGUUACUCUUUGGUUCAAAACUCUCCACUGGCAAAAAAAUCCUAAUUCCUUAUCAUGGCUGACAAAGCCCUGCAUUUUCUGGUCCCUGUCGACCUCUCCCACUGGUCUCCUCCUUGCUCCUUGGCUCCCUCUGUACUGGCCUCCCAGCUGCUCCUUAAAACACACCAAGCACACUCCAGACACAGGGUUUUUGCCCUUGCUUUUCGUUCUGCCUGCAUUUUUCUUCCUCCAGACAUCCUCAUCUCUGGCUCCCUCAAUUCAUUCAGUUCUCACUUCUGAGGCCUCCCUGCCCAGCCUGCCUGAAA